AUGCUGUAUAAAUGGCCGGUUCUCAUUCUCAACUCCGAAAUCAUUAUUUCUCAGCAGCAGAAGCCUUGUCACUGCACACGAGACAGCAUGAGGUACGCAUUUUACUCCAAAGACCAGCUGUGCAGGCUGCCCAUCUCAGAGCUGGAAGGGAUGUCUCGACCCGGGGAUAUAAUGAUAGGAGUCCUACUGCUGCUCCACCUGGAUAAUGUAUAUCGACCGGUACCCUUCACCGAGAGGCCACCAAGGCUCGAGUGUGCACUGUUCCACCAGGACAGCUACCAGCAGCUCCAGGCUUUUAUUUUCGCAGUGGAGGAAAUUAACAGAAAUCCUGAAAUUCUCCCCAACAUCACGCUUGGGUUCCAAGCGUAUGAUUCUUGUGUCAUGCUACAACAAAGUGUGGAGGGGGCUUUCCAAGUGUUGACCGGGACCGGCAGAGGUAUUCCGAAUUAUCGUUGUCUUGGCGAUGUUCCUCUGAGUUCUCUUAUAGGUCACGCUGCCUCCACGCACUCAAUUCUCUUGGCACAUAUUCUGGGUCUCUACAAGUACCCACAGAUAAGUCACUUCUCAACUAGCCCUCUUUUGAGCAACAGGAAAAAAUUCCCCUCUUUCUUCAGGACAGUCCCCAGUGACACCUUCCAGUCUCAAGGAAUAGCCCAGCUGGUUCUAUAUUUUGGAUGGACAUGGGUAGGGUUAUUGGGUGUUGACAAUGAUUACGGUCAACAGGGAAUCCAGCUGGUCAAACAGGAGAUAGUCAAGGCUGGAGCAUGCGUGGCCUUCACUGAGAACAUUGUUAAGCAAAAACCAGACCGCAAUGCCCCGCAUAUUGUCAAGGUGAUGAGGGACUCAGCAGCCAUGGUUGUGGUUGUCUUCUCCAGUGAUGUGGAUUUAGUUCCCAUUCUAGAUGAGAUGUUGAUAAGGAACAUUCCAAGGAAGAUAUUUGUUGCCAGUGAAGCUUGGUCCACAUCUAACGUAUUUCACAUGGGAAAAUAUUCAAGACUUCUUUAUGGCACAAUCGGUUUGGCCCUUCCAGGUGGAGCAAUACCAGAGCUUAAGGAGUUCCUCAACAAGGUCCAUCCUUCCAUGUCUGUUGGUGGGAACUGGGCGAGACUACUCUGGGAGAAAUCUUUCAGCUGUAAAAUUCCAGACGGAAAAAACCUUACAGGUUCUCUAAAAAAUCCAGUGAAGUGGUGCACUGGAGAUGAGAGUCUAGAAAAUAUCCAGAACAACUACAAUGACGUCUCCCGCUUACGAGUUACCUACAAUAUGUAUACUGCCGUUCAUGUUGUGGCCAAAUCUUUGGAAGAUCUAAGAAGUUGCGAUAAGGAAGAAUUUCCAUUUUUUCACAGGAAAUGUGCAGAUAUUAGGAAUUUCAGGCCAUGGCAGCUACUGCACUAUAUGAAGAAGGUGAGGGUCACCCUGAGCAGCGGAAGGGAGCUUUACUUUGAUGAGAACGGGGACCCACCUGCCAACUACGACAUCGUGAAUUGGCAGCCCGGCCCUAAUAGCACCGUGAGACAUGUCAAAGUGGGCAGUUAUGAUACGACAGCUUCUCUUGGUCAAGUCUUCACCAUCAACACGAGUGCCAUAUUGUGGGCUGCUGGAGACAAACAGGUCCCCAUCUCGGUCUGCAGUCAGAGCUGUCUACCUGGUUUCCGUAAGGCAACUAAAAGAGGAGAACCUGUCUGCUGUUUCCAGUGUGUCCCAUGUCCCCAAGGAGAGAUCUCCAACCGCACAGACUCUGUUGGAUGUUCCAAAUGCCCAUGGGAUCACUGGCCAAAUGCCCAGAAAUCAUUAUGCCUCCCAAAAACGUUGGAGUAUCUUUCCUAUGAAGACACGCUAGGAUCCACAUUGGCGGCUGUCAGCAUUAGUUCUUCACUAGUUCCUGAUUUUAUUUUAAGACUUUUUGUCCAGCAUAAAGUAAGCCCCAUAGUUAAAGCUAACAAUUACUCUGUAAGCUGCAUCCUUCUUAUUUCACUUUCACUUUGUUUUUUGUGUUCUUUGGCUUUCAUUGGUUACCCCCAACCACACACGUGUCUUCUGCGCCAGACCGCAUUUGGGAUGGUUUUUGCCCUCUGCAUCUCUUGUGUCCUGGCUAAGACUGUAAUGGUGGUCUGUGCCUUCAUGGCCACCAAACCAGGAAGCAGUCUGAGGAAAUGGACCAACCCUCGUGUAUCCUACAUGAUAAUAUUAACCUGCUCGUUUCUACAGCUUCUUUUGAGCAUCCUUUGGCUUUCACUCGCCCCUCCGUUCCCAGAACAAGACCUUCAAACCCAACCUAAAAUUAUCCUUGUCAUGUGCAACGAGGGACAUCCCGCUGCCUUCUGGUGCAUGUUGGGAUAUCUUGGUCUCUUGGCCUCCAUCAGUUUCAUUUUUGCUUUCUUGGCCAGGAGGCUCCCUGACAGCUUCAAUGAGGCCAAGUUCAUCACUUUCAGCAUGUUGGCCUUCCUCAGUGUCUGGGUGUCCUACAUCCCGGCUUCUCUCAGCGCCCAAGGCCGAUAUACUGUGGCCAUGGAGAUCUUCGCCAUUGUGUCCUCCAGCUGGGCCCUGGUCAUCUGUAUGUUUGCCCCUAAAUGCUUCAUCAUAUUGUUCCGCCCAAAUAUGAAUUCCAGAGAACAUCUAAGACAGAAAUGA